AUGGCUACUAUCCGUAUUGCUGAUGAGGUUCAUCCUAAAAAUGAGCUACAGGGCAAAGAAGGGCGGCUUGCCGACUCGACGUCGAUCUACGCCCACGAUGAUGGCAUUUACAACAUGCGCUCGAGGGGGUCUUCCCAUGACUUGAGCCUAUAUCGCUCAAGGUCACUGCAACGAGAUGAAGACCCCGGACUGCAAAAAGAAAGCGACUUCAAGGAGAAGCAGGUAUUCAGUGGCAAGAUGCUUCUCUGGCUUGCCUAUCAGUCGAUUGGAGUCAUUUACGGAGAUAUUGGUACCAGUCCUCUUUACGUUUACUCGUCGACCUUCACCUCUGCGCCGUCGAUUGAGGACCUCGUCGGCAUCUUGUCUCUGAUCAUCUGGUCUCUUAUCAUGAUGGUGACUGUGAAAUACAUUAUCAUCAUCUUGCAUGCAGAUAAUGAGGGCGAGGGAGGGACGUUCAGCACCUACUCCCUCCUCAGCCGCUAUAUGAAUAUCACGAAUCGCGAUCCACGAGAAGCUUCCCUGAUAAGGAUAAGGAGACAUGCAUCGGGCGAUCUCGAAAGUGCUGGACGUGUCAUGCGCAAAGGUCUCGAAACAAGUCGGUUGGCACGAGGCAUCCUGAAGACCAUGGGAGUUUUUGCCGUUUCUAUGGUUCUGUCCGACGGCGUCCUCACGCCCGCGCAGUCCGUCCUCGGAGCUGUUCAGGGUGCCCGGGUGGUCAAUCCUAAUAUCUCGAAAGGUGCUAUAAUCGGAAUCACUGACACCAUCCUCGUCCUCCUCUUCCUCAUUCAGCCUUUCGGUAUCACCAAGAUAACGUUUGCUUUCUCCCCCAUCGUCAUAAUAUGGCUUGGCUUUAAUGCCGUUUUCGGAAUUUACAACCUGGUUAAUUAUGAUGCUUCCGUCUUUCGGGCUUUCAAUCCUGGCUAUGCCUUCGAAUUUCUGAUCCAUCAUGGCGAACAUGGAUGGAGGAUGCUGGGCGGGGUUUUGCUGGCCUUCACCGGGGUCGAAGCGCUGUUCGCAGACCUGGGAGCCUUCAGCCGUAGAGCGAUUCAGCUCAGCUGGCUAUGCUAUACAUUUCCAUGUCUCCUUCUGGCCUACAUCGGCCAAGCGGCCUAUAUCAGCGUCCACCCAGAAGCAUAUUCGAAUGCAUUCUUCGAAGCUGCACCUCCGGGCACCAUCUACCCGUCCCUUAUUAUCGCCAUUCUUGCCGCAAUUGUUGCCUCGCAGGCUAUUAUUACUGCGACAUUCCAGCUUCUCCAUCAAGUCAUGAAGCUGUCAUAUUUUCCGCAACUUACAGUGAAACACACGUCAAAGAUAUUCCACGGCCAGCUCUACAUCCCUCUUGCGAAUUGGCUUCUCAUGGUUGGCACAAUCCUCGUGGCCUCAAUAUACAAUAACACGACCUCUCUCGGAAACGCCUAUGGUGUUUGCGUCAUGUUCGUCACAUUCUUCGACACAUGCAUGGUCUCGUUGACAGCCAUCUUCGUGUGGCGUUUCAGUCCAUAUCUCGUUUUGUUACCUUGGAUGACAAUUGCUUGCAUGGACGGCACCUUUCUUUCUUCAGCCCUCACCAAGGUACCGGAUGGGGCCUGGUUCACUCUUACACUAGCGUUUGUUUUGGGCAUGGUAUUUCUGCUCUGGCGCUUCGGAAAGGAGCAACAGUGGUUUGCUGAGGCAGGGGAUCGGUUCCCGACCUCCCAUUUCAUCAGGACGGGGGCUACUGGUCUCCAUCUGACCGAAAGAUUUCAUGGUACAGCCCUGAGUACCAUCAACGGAUUUGGCAUUUUCUUCGACAAGGGUGGUGAAACUACACCCAUCGUCUUCAGCCAAUUCGCCAUCAAACUCACCGCAAUGCCUGAAGUGUCGGUAUUCUUCCACCUCCGCCCGUUGGAGACGCCUUUCGUGCCACCAUCUGAGCGACACACAAUCUCGAGACUAGCUAUCCCGCACUGCUACCGUUUGGUGGUGAGAUAUGGCUACAACGAUGAAGUCAUCACCCCCGACCUGGCCUUUGUCAUCUAUGAGCAGAUCCGAGCGUACAUCCUUUCCGAGAACAAAUCAAAACCGCAACUCGAUGGCAAUUCUGUGCUAGUGGGUGAUGACCUGGCCGUAGAAGACGCCGCGACGACAAGCAGCGAGACGGGCGUGGGCACAGACCCCGACGAAAAGUUUCCAGACCCACAAAAGGUAUACCAGCAGAACCGCGACUCGGAAAAGCAGACGGAAGCCCUUGCGCGGUUGGACCGCGCGUUUGCAUACAAGGUGAUGUACAUAAUGGGCAAGGAGCAGUUGACCAUCAAACACGGCACGAAUUACUUCCGACGGACGAUCUUGGCGCUGUUCCUGUGGAUGAAGGACAAUACGAGGACCAAAAUGUCGAACCUGAAGGUGCCGACGGAGAAACUCAUCGAGGUGGGCUUUUUGAAGGAGAUGUAG